UCACGACUCGAUCCAAAUCCGCUGGAUUUCUAUUUUGGUCUGAAUAUCCAUCAUCGUGAUCGAUAUGGUUGCAUGGUCUAUAAUAAUGGGCGUUUGAUUCGAAUGAAAUACCUCGGAGUGGUGGCGGUCGUUGAUGUUCCAUAUUCGGUACUUGAACCAACCCAUAACAAACAAUCAUUCGAAAACAAACCCCAAGUUACAGAUAUGUGCCUGAAAUGGCGACAUCUUGAUUACGAUAGAUCGUUUUUGACCGCUGGCAUCCCGAAGGAUUGGUGUUGCGUGAUGCAUCCAAAUGCUCUGUUCAACUACUGCUCGAAGCUGGAGGAGCUGCCCAAAAUUCCCGAAGGACUAAAGACACCGUCUCCUCCUCCAGCAGCACAUCAACGUUCACUCCCAGCACGACGAACUUCAGCACGCAAGAGUUACAAAGAUCCCAGUGAUUCUGAGCCAGAAAGUGAAUCAACACCAGAACCAAUUCCCCGAAGUGCUAGCAGGAGAAGAAUUUCGGCAGCCGAGCCUGAAGAGGAUUUACCACGCACAAGCCAGUCUCGGGUAAGUCCAUCUUAA